UGCAAGAAGUGCCAGUGAUGGCGGAUGCUAAACAUACUGAAAAAAUAACUUUCCUCCAACUUUUUUGCAAAAUUGUGGUUAAACUGUGAGACAAAAUGCAAUCAUUCUAUUCUGUGGAGAUCAACAAAACGGAAUGGAAUGUUCCGGGGCGCUAUCAAAUGCUGACUCCCGUGGGAUCAGGUGCCUAUGGUCAGGUUUGUUCGGCCGUCGAUACUCUCAAUAAUACAAAAGUAGCCAUAAAAAAAUUGGCCAGACCCUUCCAGACAGCCGUUCAUGCAAAGAGAACUUACAGGGAAUUGCGAAUGCUUAAGCAUAUGAACCAUGAAAACGUAAUAGGCCUACUGAAUGUAUUUCAUCCAGGCGGGAAGAGCCUGGAAAGCUUCCAGCAUGUCUACCUGGUAACCCAUUUGAUGGGUGCCGACCUCAAUAAUAUCAUCCGAACGCAGAAACUUUCAGAUGAUCAUGUACAAUUCCUCGUGUACCAGAUCCUACGCGGCCUAAAAUAUAUUCACAGUGCUGGGAUAAUCCAUCGUGACCUGAAGCCCUCAAAUAUUGCCGUCAAUGAGGACUGUGAGCUGAAGAUCUUGGACUUUGGGCUAGCGCGACCCACGGAGAACGAGAUGACGGGCUACGUUGCGACGAGGUGGUACCGCGCACCAGAAAUCAUGCUCAAUUGGAUGCACUAUAACCAAACGGUUGACAUCUGGUCAGUCGGAUGCAUCAUGGCAGAAUUGCUUACAGGACGUACCCUUUUCCCUGGUUCUGAUCACAUUCAUCAAUUGAACCUUAUAAUGGAGGUGCUGGGCACACCAACGGAUGACUUUAUGGCAAAAAUAUCUUCAGAGAGUGCGAGAAACUACAUUAAAUCUCUGCCAAUUAUGAAAAAGCAGGACUUCAGAACGGUAUUUAUGGGAGCUAAUCCGAAAGCCAUCGAUCUACUUGAAAAAAUGUUGGAGUUAGAUGCAGACAAGAGGAUUCAAGCAGAAGAAGCACUCGCCCACAGUUAUCUUGAAAAAUACGCUGAUCCUACUGAUGAACCUACUUCAGCACUUUACGAUCAAAGUUUCGAGGAUAUGGAUUUACCAGUUGAGAAAUGGAAGCAAUUGGUAUUUGAAGAGGUUGUUAGCUUCAUGGAAGCAUCAGCAGGAGCUUCAUCAUCUGAGAAGUGAAUUUUGUGACUUUUGCAAAAAGGUUUUCUUUUUUUUUCUUUCUGUAUUAUCAAACGUGUAUUUUGCGAGGCAAUAUUGCAAUUUUACUGAAUACUGUGAAGACGAACAUUUACCUGCUUUUUAGAAUCCGCCAUAAAAAAAUUUUGGAUAAUUUA